GAAAAGCACAAGAGAGUCUUUCCUGAUCAAAUUCCUCCAGCUAUUAGUGCUUAAUCCUUCUCUAAAUUUCUUUAAAUACCGUGCUUCCCUCCAGCGGACAAUUAUACUCCUUGAUCACAAGGAUUGUUUCCUUUUCUUUUCGUCUUAAUAUCCUCAGCACUGUGACUUACAUAUGAAAGUGAAAUUAAACAAAGUAGGUUGGGUCUGGUGGUAAAGGGGUGGUUCUGACUUUUUUUAAAGAUUCUCAUCUAAAGCCUCCCAGGGAAUCUGAAAAACCACUUGCAUGCUAUAUGAGAGACGACUUAACCUUUAACUUCCUGGAGAUUUUGUACCCUUUCCCUCUCUUCCUCACUCCUUUAAAAACCGUUGAAGAAACUGAAUGGCAGCCAGAGGAGAAUCUGAUGCAUAGGACAUGGUACUGCUUCUUUUCAGAGGAGGAGGCUUGCUGGACUCUGAUACACACAGAAAUAAAAUGCACUUCUUUCUUUCAUUUAUGAUUGUGGGAAUGAAGCUCCGUCUGAUAACAGGUUUAUUUACAGUGACUGUUCCCAAGGAGCUGUAUAUGGCAGACUAUGGUAGCAAUGUGACAAUGGAAUGUAAUUUUGAUACUGGUGGGCAAGUGGACAUUGAGAAAUUAAGAGUCUCUUGGACAAAGGAUAAAAAGAAAAUUGUGAAUUUUCCUAAUAAGCAGGAAGACCCGGAAAUUCACAGUGAACACAGUGGAAGAAGAAUGACAUUGAUAGAGGACCAGCUAUACCUGAGGAAGGCCUUACUUCAUAUUAAGGAUGUCCAAAUAAUGGAUGCUGGCCAGUAUCAUUGCCUGAUUUUUUAUGGGGAUGCUGGUGACUAUAAGUACGUCACUCUGCAAGUAACAGCUUCCUACCAGAUAAUCAAUACCCAAGUCAUCAAGGUCCCAGGAAGCAAUGAAAUGGAGCUUACCUGUUGGUCUAAAGGCUAUCCUCUGGCAGUGGUAUCCUGGGCAAACAUCAGUGUACCUGUGAAUACCAACCACUCACUCACCCCUGAGGGUCUCUACAACAUUACCAGUAUUCUGAGGCUAAAGACAAACACCCAUAGAAACUUCAGCUGUGAAUUCUGGAAUCAAGCUACUCAAGAAAUGACAACAGCUAUUCUGGACACUAAUGUUUUAGAUCAGAAGGAUAAACCAAGUAUAAAAUCAUCCCAAACUUAUGUUUUCAUUUUCAUCUGCAUCAUCAUCUCAAUUUUUAUAGCAGCAUUGAUAUUUCUUGUAAGAUGGCUCUGCCCAAAGGUUUUUCACAGAAAAGGUCUGAGUUUGUGAUCUAAAGAGCUGGAAAUUUUCUGAUUUGACAGACUCAAGGGACAUGAAUUAAGUACUAAUGAAUAACUUAGUUUGCUAAACCUGCAACCUGCACUUUUCAAAACAUGUUGAACAGCACAGCACUUUAGAUCUAUAUCUCCAACAAGUUGGCUGAACCCUGGAUGAUGUGGCAAGAGUAUACCACUAAACCAUUCCAAGUUCCUGUGAUACAUAGCCCUUGGCAUGGUGUUUUUUUAGUUUACAGAUACCAACAGUCCCAAAGCAAGGUGCUAAAUACUGCUGGACAGAAAAUAUCAAUGUAAUCUUGGUUUCAGUUUAGUGCUGUAAGGCUCUUUUCCAUUACUACUGGAUUAGAAAUAGAAUCAUUUCCCCAAAAUUUACUGGAAAGGAGAGAUUUUAAGAAGAGAGAAGAGUUAGUAUUUGUUCUUGUAUAGGAAUUGACAGAAUGCCAAAGAGAUUCCCUCUGUUGGGAGUCAACAAUGAUAUUUGAUAUCUUCCUCCACAAUCUAAGAAUUACAUGAACUAUCUAAUUCAUAUUAUGAGCUCUGGGGUAGGAAGUCAACAAGCACAGAGACAUAACGUACAUCUAGUAAAUCAAGGCCUUCUGGGAGCCUUCUAAAGAUGUUCUACUAAAGACAAAGCAUAUAAAUUUGUGACAAUCCUCUGUACUAUAUAAUAAAAUUGACUUCAAGCCCAAAAACA